UUGGGCGAGGUUUAUAAAUGGAUCGAAGCCUCCUCGAUCCUGCUCAUCUUCUCACAAAUCCUUCUCCUGACGAUGCUGCGUGACUCGGACGGAGCGAUGUUGUUGAGGCUGCUGGGACUCCUCGUCCUCUCCUCCCUCUGCUCAGCCAUGUGGUCACCUGAUAACACCAAUAGAACGAUUUCAGAGGGUUCCGGAAUGGGGGACUAUGGAGAAAUGGGUGGAGGAAUGGGAAACGGUGGAGGAAUGGUUGGAGAAAUGGGCCCAGGCGGCAUGAGGAAGAGCUGGAAUAACACGCUGAAGAUGGUCGACCCGAACAUGCCCUCCAUGCCUAACACUGCCAUCUGCGACAUGCUGAUGAACGCGGCGGUACCGCCGCCUAUCGAUCAGAUUCCAUAUUUCUGCCUCUGUUGGCACUGUAAGGGCGCCGCAGGGCCCAAAGGAGACCAUGGACCCCGGGGCCUUCCAGGUAUACCUGGGAGUCCUGGGAGGAGAGGAAUGACGGGGUUCCCCGGUCAUCGAGGAUUCACCGGCAUGCAGGGGAUCAAGGGUCAGAAGGGAGACUUUGGGGAGAAAGGACAUCUCGGCCCCGCCGGUUUCACCGGGAUGAAGGGCAUGCGAGGCUUCAAAGGAGAAAAAGGGGACGCAGGAAUGGAGGGCCCGGCAGGCUCAGAGGGCCCCAAGGGAGACACCGGCACAUGCCCCGCCUCCUGCGAGAGUGUCCCGGGUGAGAAGGGUCAUCAAGGCCCACCCGGGCCGGUCGGAGGCCGGGGCCUGCCGGGGGUCAAGGGAUCUAUGGGGCCGAAAGGUAUGUUGGGCGACAAGGGUCACAUGGGCAGACCCGGCGACACCGGGACGAACGGCAUGAAGGGUGACCAAGGUGAGCAGGGGGUGUGUGAGUGCACAGACGGGGCGGACGGCGCCGACGGGAGUCAUGGAGACAAGGGGACUAAAGGGGACAAAGGAGACAUCGGUAUGAAGGGUGAACUGGGCAACAUGGGGUUAAAAGGAGACGAGGGCAUGAUGGGUCUCAUGGGGGUGCCUGGGCCCUGCUCCCCGGCCAUCCAAUCAGCAUUCUCCGCAUGUAUCAACCAGUCGUAUCCUGCUCCAAACUGGCCCGUGUCUUUCCCAAAGGUCCUGACCAACCAGCAGGGGCACUUCAACGCAGACAUGGGCAUCUACACGGCGCCCAUCAACGGCACCUACCUCUUCACCUUCAACCUGGCGGUCGCCUUGAAGCCUCUCACAGCCGGCCUGUUCAAAGACCACGACCCAAAAGUCAUAGUAACGGCGUUGACCGACCAGUCCACCACCAGCCAGACCAUCGUGCUCCACCUCUCCAUGGGGAGCAUGGUGUGGCUGCAGGUGAAGAACAACUACGCCAACGGCAUGUACACCAGCUACGAGAGCAGCAGCACGUUCUCCGGGUAUCUGGUCCACCCCGACUCCUGCGAAAUGCCCCUAGGACGAGGUAUUGGGCCCUUACCCACCAUGCCUAGUUCAUACAAAUGGGAUACCGCCGCCACCACCACCACUCCAGCACCGUAGGCUCCAGUUAUAGACGAAGCAUCCUCACACACCCAAUCAAACACUCGCUGUAUUUAUCACUGCCAGUUUUAAAGGAGGGGUAUUAGGUGAUAUUCAAUAUUCAAUCUCUUCCAUCUGUGGGCUGGAUCUGGGUCGUUUUUGUAGACGUGGCCGCAGGUGGUCGAGUCUGUAGGACUAAAGAUAGAAGAGCCAAUAAGCUGUUAGCUAUUACACUGCAAAAAAAA